AUGUUCCAUUUCCGCAUUAUCAGCUGUAAGGAUCUCCCAAUUAAAGAUGCAGACGGAAAAAUCGAUUCUUAUGUAAUUCUUGAAACAAAAGGUAAGGAUAACAAACCUAGAAAAAGAGGAAAAACAAAAGUUGUUCCAAAUAAUUUAAAUCCAGUUUAUCCAGAAGAAAUUUUUGAUGUUCCAGCAGAUGAUUGCUAUACAGUCAAGUUCACAGUUAUGGACGAAGAUGUAUUUAAAGAUGAUACAGCCUGCUGGAUUAAAAUUAAAGUUUCAUCUUUGAUUUCAAGACUUGGUGAUAAAUUAACCAAAGAAAUGCUUGUCAAGAAUCCAGAAAACCACCCAGGUGUACACUCAAUGAUUACCUUCAUUGUUACCCUUGAUGGUGAACUUGCUUCUGAUCACCCAGGUAAGGCAUAUCUUCCAAGAGCUAAACCAGCUCUUGAAAUGCCACAUACAAGACGCGCAGAAAUUAUUCUUAUUGGGACUAUGCCAGACCAGAAUCUGUACGAUUUCGAUAUAUUAGUUGUUCAACCCUAA